AAAGUUUCCACCGUGAAGCUAGGGUCUGGUUUUGUCAUCAAACUUCUCCCUACGGAUGUUUCUCUUCCUGCAUUAAAGUCUCUGUUUCUUGACUCUGUUCGGUUUCAUGGUUUUGAUGGUCGUUGCUGCUCGUUUAAAACGCUUCUUUCUCAGUCCCCUGCCCUUGAGGAGUUAGUGAUGGAUGGAAUGGAGUGGGAACGCUGGAGAUGGUGCUCCACCGUGUCUAGUAAGACACUUCAAAGGCUUACGCUUCAACGUAGAGAAUGGUUUUCUUAUGAUGAAACUGACGAGGAGAACAUUAGGGUUGAUUCUUGGUGUCUUACCCAUGAGUUUGAUGUUCCUAAGGAGUAUCUAAUUCUUAAUCUUGAUUCCAUUGUUGAAGUUAAUCUCAAUCUUUGUGCUGAUGAGGAAGGUAUAUGGAGGCCUCGACAUGCUAAUACUUUCAAUCCUAUGCCUCUGAUUAAUACUUUUAAAAACGUUGAGAUUUUGUGCUUAGCUUUUCAAACUCUGGAGAUGUUUGAUGUCUUCAAUGAAUCAAUCCAAAUGUUUUAA